UCAACAGGCAACAAAGGAAGAAAGGAAGAGGCCGUAAGCUACAAAGUGUUAGCCAACCCAGGCAGAAAGAUGACACCUUAUUGUGUCAUUCUAGUCGGCAAUGUAAACAUGCACGUUUAGAGAAGUGUUGAAUCUGGCCGUACAUACGCUUUAUACUUUCGUCUGGGCGCAGAAGCUGAUUAGAGGGAAGGUAACGGUAAUGUUUUCGACAGUAAACGCUAACAAAGCUAGCUGAUUGGCUAAGGUAGUCAGCUAACAUUAGCCAACAAUCGUCAAGAAGCGAACCUUUCAUGAACAUAUUGCACAAGACAGAUGCCACCACCAUUGGGUUAUUUUGCCCAGUAAGACAAGCAGCAUCAAAUGAAAGGUGGUGGAAGUGGAACUUGACCCAUCCAACUGAGUCACCAUUUUCCUGCACAUAAUGGGUUUGAUGGCUCCACUGUAUGCAUGACUUGUUUCGUGUGGCCUGAUGGGAGGACACUGUGGAUAGUACUUUCAUCAGGAUACCAGGAGAGCCAUCCCAUGCCGCCACGUUGGAGGGCCUGUCAGAAUGAAGAAGAUAAGCCUUAAGACCAUCCGCAAGUCCCUCAGCAUAAAGGGCAAAGAGGAGGGUGACUUUGUCAUGCUCCAGCAGCCCUCGGUGACUACUGAGUUUUCAAAGGAAGAGUCACUUUUUGGGGGCUGCUACACCAAAGAGCUCUCUGGCUGUGACCUUGGUGGAGAAGAAGACAAAGGGGGGCAGAAUAAGGGCCGCUCAAAGAGUGAGAGUCUGAUGGGAUCACUAAAGAGGAGGCUGUCUGCCAAGCAGAAGGCAAAAGUGAAAGGAGGCUCAUCUGCCAUAGGCUCUGUGGAUGAUGAUGACACUUUUUCAUCUUCUUCUGUACCCAUCAGCUUCAACGAGGUGAAAGCCCAGAGACCCCUUAGAUCUUCAUCACUACGAAGUCACCAUUAUAGCCCCUCACCAUGGCCUCUGCGAUCAGUCAACUCUGAUGAUUCGUGUAUUAAGAUGGAGGUCAAAGUUAAAGCCAUGGUACACUCACCUAGCCCCAGUCCCAGCUUGAAUGGUGUCCGGAAAGAAUUUCAUGAUUUCCAGAUGGAAGGGCUCUUUCAGGACCAAGCAGAAUCCUUAAAGAAUCUCCAGCAGCCACAAAAUGGUGAGCUGCAUCUAAAUAUUGAUGAAAAUGAUGUGCCUGUGGUGCUGGGGUUGACGCCCCAGGACUACAUCCAGUACACAAUGCCUUUAGAUGAGGGAAUGUACCCGGAAGGGUCCCACUCUUUCUGCCUGGACAGCUCCUCUCCUAUGGAGGUGGUGACUGAAGCAGACAAUGGGUCCCUCCACACAGACCAGGGACAAGAGGAACAUGAACUGGUUAGUGGGUUGCCUCCGGAUCUCUUCAUGGAAACCUCAGUGAAUAGUCUUCUCAUUGGUUCUGCUGGUGUGAUGCUCCAAAGCUCUAGAGUAGAGGUCCCGCCUCCCCUCUCUCCACUCCUGCCACCCAUGACAAGUAAUGGACAUAUCCCCAGGACUUUUUCGGGGUUCAGCUCUUCAGACAGCCAGGUAGCUGAGAGGGUAAGACACCACCUCAACUUUGACCCAAAUUCAGCUCCUGGGGUCAGUCGGGUGUAUGACUCAGUCCAGAGCAGCGGACCAAUGGUCGUAACCAGUCUGACGGAGGAGCUGAAGAAGCUGGCGAGGCAGGGCUGGUACUGGGGCCCCAUCACACGCUGGGAGGCAGAGGAAAAGCUGGUCAACUUGGCUGAUGGCUCAUUCCUGGUCCGAGACAGCUCAGACGACAGGUACCUGCUCAGCCUGAGUUUCAGGUCACAGGGCAAAACCCUCCACACCCGCAUCGAACACUCCAAUGGACGCUUCAGCUUCUACGAGCAGCCCGAUGUGGAGGGACACACGUCCAUUGUUGACUUAAUUGAACAUUCUAUUAAAGACUCGGAGAACGGAGCAUUUUGCUAUUCCAGGUCUCGCUUACCAGGGUCUGCAACCUACCCUGUCAGACUAACCAACCCAGUAUCUCGGUUUAUGCAAGUGCGCUCCCUGCAGUACCUUUGUCGCUUUGUCAUUAGACAAUACACAAGAAUAGACCUGAUCCAGAAACUGCCCUUACCUAACAAAAUGAAAGAUUAUCUGCAGGAGAAGCACUACUGAGGACACAGACAGGACAGUGGUAGCAAUUUGCACUUUUGUGUUCAGUUGAGAGAUUUAAACAAGGUUUACAGACAACCACGGUUUUGAGAUGAUUAGUUCUGGUGGCUCUUGAUUUGUGUCCAGGUGACUCUGUUGCUGUUUAGUCCUCCAUUCCACCGUUUUUUCGCUGGUUUUAGGAGCCUCUACUUCCAGAAACACAGGCCAGCACAUAAUCUAUCGCAAAAAUAUAGCAGAGGUUUACAGUCAAGUUAUCUUAGUUCCAUACAUUAAGUGCAGACAUUAGGCAUGCUUUGUGAUGUGUUGUUAAGUGUAACAUCCAGCUGUGCAAGUAGAACCAAAUUUUCAUAAAUUUGCUGUCUGCAUUACAGUUGGGCCAGUAAGAAAAAUAAAAUUCUACUCCAAUUCAUUGAAUUUUUAUCCACUAAAUUGUACUUUUCAGACAUGAUUUCUAGGAUGGAGAUUUUUUUUUUUUUUUAAAUCAAAUUUUAAGCUCUCAGCCGACUGACCAACUUUGAUCAUCUUUUGCAUCUUAUUAUUUCUUAGAUUGUGUGAUGGUAAUAUGUCAGCAUGACCAGACUGCAAAUUAGAACACAGAAUUUGCAAUGCUAGGCGUCUUUGUAUUUUUUAAACAACCUAAAGCAAAACCUCAUUUUUGCUCAAAAUUGCUUUCACUGCGUUAACCAGAUUUUUUACUAAUUUACAAAUGUAACUACUUUUCUAGUGGAUGCAGUUUCUUCGUAAAGUAUAAUGCGACUCUGUCAUGGCAUAUGACACCUGACGUACUACAAUUACAUUUCUGCUUCAGUAUGGUUAGAUUGGUGUGUGCUUUGUCAUGUUUGUUACUUUCAGCUGUUUUGGUGUAUGAUCAAGCAAGUUUUAACGCUAACCACAGUGCCAUAGAAGUAAAACCUCAAUGUGUAAAGUCCCUUUCAGAGUCACACAGGUUUACCAGGUCCACAACAUGAACAUUUUGUUGCAAAAGAUGUCCAAAGAUUGCCGGUCUGUCAGAGGCUUUUAACAGUUGGUUAGAGAAGUAGCUUUAAAUUGUAUGGCUGCAUGUAGCCAGUAUAUUGUAAUGUGCAAGCCUAAAGGUACUGAUGAUGCUGGAUUUUUCAUGUUGUGCUGUUUGUAGAAACAGCAUCAAGUCGAUGUAUAGAUCUUUUCAAAAAUAUGUUAACAUUAGAAGUUAAAUCUUUCUGCAUUAGGAAUGUUACAAAAACUGCACCGCAGCUCAGGCCUAACAACUUUGUCACUGUCAGUAAUGCUUGUAUCUGCAUGUCGUAAAGGCUUUAAGACUGUCAGUUAAGGGCACUGUAGAGUUACUCUAAAUGAGUGAAGAUGUCACAGCAAAAGGGUGUAAGAUUUUGGCUGUGUUGCUUAAGUGCAACUCUGAGUAAAAGGCUGUUUAAUGCACAAUUGCGUUUACCUUAGGCAGUUCAGAUGUAAAGAAAAUUGCCCUCAAUUACCCUACAACUGAAAACCGAUCUCAAGUCAAUUGACCUGCAUCUGUAUGUAAGGAUGGCUGUUUCUUAGUCUCUCAAUGCCAGAACUGAGCUGGACCCAGAUCAAAGGAAUCCAAAAAAAUGGUGUGAGCUUAGGUCAAUGGAUUUGGCAAAGCCAGGGUGAAGUCCUCGUCACCAUCUUAGAGUGAAGCCAGGGUUUCAGCAAAUGACAAAAGUUCCAUCACAGCUGCAUGGCAUCAUUAGUGUCAUAUGAAUUCCAAGGUCAUUUAAAAAAAAAAAAGAAAAGAAAAAAAAAAAAAAGCAUCCAAUUUUUGUCAUUGCUUAUUCACAUCGUCCCCAGUCCCCACAGAGCUGCACUACCCCACAGAUUGUCUCGCUACUGGGCUGUUUGUGCCAGAGUAAAGGGAAGAGCACACAGUAUGCUACGCAAGUGCUUUAUAUGGAUACUUUGACAGGGAAUUGUUUUUUCACGUUAUGAAUGAGCAUCUUUUUUGACAUCAGUGUCCUUAAAAGUAUUUGGAAAAUGGUCUCUCAGACAACUUUGGUAGGUUGUUAGCGCAUAGUUCUAGUUUUAGUUAGCUAGAAAUGUUGGUGUCUGAGGAAGUUACCAUGAAUCUAGCACAGCAGAAAUUAGAUAGGAACUUUGAAUGGUGUUGCAUGUUUAAAGACUUAGCAUUUUAAAGCUUUGAGUUGUAUAGGAAUGAAGGAUCUAGGAUGUGUGUUUGGCUGUAUAGAAGGAUGUUUUUUUUUUUUUUUUUCUGUCACAAACAUUGGCUGGACAUUCUCUGUACAAGAAAUGUAUUUUUUCUUUUUUGGAAUCCUUUAGUGAAUUUUUUGUGACAUUUGCCAUCUGGGGGAUGGGGCUGUACAAAAGGAAUGUACGCUUGUUUGAGGUAUCCAUUUUAUCUGCCUGCAAACCAGUUUCAGAAAGCAUGAGAAUCAUAAAAACUACAUUGACACAUUUUUUUGCACUUGAAUAUUCUCCAUUGACAUGCUUGGAUCCUCUCCUGCCUAGAGUUGUCCUUCAGAUGGCAUUUAAAAAAGAAGAAAGAAGAAUUAAAGUCACACAUUUGUCCUUAUGUGUUCAUAUAAAUGUUUAGAUUAAAUGGAGAUUGUUUUGUCUUUGUCAUAUCUGUGGGAUAUAAAGGGUAAGGCACCAGCAUCAUAUCUAAGCCUCUGCUAAUGCUCACGGGCUGUCAAGGAAUGGGAUCAUAGCAAGAAUGUGGAUGUAAAUUUCAUUUGUCUUCUUUUGGGUGCGUGUGUAUGUGUUUCAUUUGAAAUGUGAAAGUAAAAUGUUAGUCUUUUUUUUUAAUACAAUGUUGUUUUAAUUGUAUUUCUGUGUUUUAAUUUGCAAAUGACAAGCAGGAACCAGUUUCAUAUGGUGUUGCUGCUGUGAUUUUUCAAAAAUACUUAUUUUGUUUAUUAUUAAGCAUUAUUGCCUUCAGUGUUUGAUUCCAGAGGUUGAUGCUUGUUAAUAACAGCUGUUUAGCACUUAACAAGCUCCAACGUUUUUUUUUUUUUUUUUUUGGUUUGUUUUUUUUCCGCGAAGGUGAUUGUUUACAACGUUAUGUUUGGAAAUUCCCCUCCCUUCCCUUUUUUUCUUUUUUUUUUUCUAACCCUCUCUCACAUGAACAUCUUGGUAUGUUGGUACAAUUUGAAAACUCUUUUUAUUUCAUUUUAAUGUGUUGGACACAUUUGUGCUGCUUAUGGAUAUGAUUGCCUUUCUUGUAUUUAACAAUGGGGAAAUAGAAUGUCACCAGUGUAGGUGUGUGUACACAUGACAACUCUGGUUAUCAUCCUGGGAGAGCAAAGCAGAUUUGCAAUUUGUUAACAACUGUAGUCAGUUAAAAGGAGCAUUAGUAGCGAUUAGAAAAACCCUCUGUAGAAUUACCAGUUCACUCCAGUUUACAUUGGUUGUCAACUGUCAACUUUCCAAAGUAGAUGGUCUUUUUGUAUUUUUCUUUUGGAAAAAAAAUCAACAGUGAUUUAUUGCACAGUUUGGAUACCGUUCAAGAGUUUUUUGUAUCUGCCAAUUAUAAAUUAUAAAUAAAAAAAACUAUAUUCUAAAAAAAAAAAAAA